GCGCGCGGUCUCAGUUCAACAUACACGUCGCACGCGCGUUCUCUUUGCUAAAUUCAAACAUCCGUUCGGGAAUUCAACGAAAAAGUUUUCAUCUGUGCGAUUAAAGAGGUUUUUCUUGAGUGAAAAAAAAUGUUUUUAAAUUUUUUCUUUGCCACUAUAACGAUAGCAGCGGCACAGAAUGCAUUGCCGAACGACUUCCUGCGGUGUCAACAGAGAGAUUCCAAAAUCAAUGACUGCUUGAAGAAAGCGGUGCCUGACGCGCUGCGGCGGAUGAAAGAUGGUAUACCCUCGCUAUCAGUGCCGCCUUUGGAGCCGCUUCUGGUAUCCGGCAUGAACAUAGAGUCCGGGGCGGGUCCCGUGGUCAUCACCCAGAUCUACAAGGCCAUCAAGAUGCACGGCCUCACCGACUCCAUACUCACCUAUUACAAGGCCGAUUUGAAGCACUACCGCCUGCGUACGGACUCCAUCACGCCGAAGUUGGAGUUCAUUGCCGACUAUGUGAUGAAAGGCAGGAUCCUCGUGCUGCCCAUACAGGGGAAAGGUGUUGCAAACAUCACAAUGGUGAACCUAGUAGUGAAGCACGACCUGAUCGGUGAGCCAGUGGUGCGCGACGGAGAGACGUACAUGCACAUCAAGGACUACAAAGUGAAGUUCGUGCCGGGCAAGGUGUACCUGCACUUCACCAACCUGUUCAACGGCGACAAGCGGCUUGGAGACCAGAUGAACAUAUUCCUGAAUGAGAACUCUGACCUCGUGUUUAAUGAACUGAAAGCAGCGUACGAGGAGAGUCUCAGCUCCGUUUUCAAAACAGUCACGAACCUGAUAUUCGACAAGGUGCCCAUGAAACACAUCUUCACAGAAGAUUAACUAUUACUGUGAUCCAAAUAUUAAGUUUUAAGAUUAUUAAGUUAAAAUCCUUCGCACACGUAAAUUUUGAAUGCAGACCACGUGGGUUUUAAAAACGCGCGUAUACAGGAUCGGAAUGGUCUUGAAGCCGUAUUACCGCCGCUUUAAGUAUCUUACGUCCUGAAUAUUUUUGGCAACAUGAUUUUAUUGAAUUAAGUUUGAUUGCAUGCUGGGAGUGAUUUCUCAUGAAAAAUAGAAUGUCAUAAAUGUGUUUGCAUUUUGAAAGCUAAGAUGUUUAUUUAAUAUAUUAAUUAAAAUAGUGCGCGAGCAUGCUAUCGUAGUUUUACGCCCAAUCUACGCUAACGCCGAGCGCUGCAAACUGGAUUUGUAGAUUUAAACGUUGUGGUAAACCUGCAACUUUUUUUUGUUCAACUGUUUCUAAAAAUCUUUGCGUGUGCCCUUAGGUGUAGUGGUGGAGUAGGUAGUUAGAGAACGAGACUAGAACAUAAAAAUUACUGGGUUUAAAAUGCAGUAAUAACUGUAUUUAUUGAAACUGCUUUAAUUAAAUAAUAAUGUAAAUAAGGUUUAAAAUAAAAUAAAACAUUAAAAUAAA